UUUGUGGCCUCGGUGGCCGUCUGGUACCCUGCGUGUCCCCUGUCCAGCUCGGCAGGUAACCAGCCCAGUCAGCCAGACCAGCCCAGUCAGCUUGGAAAGCCCAGCCAGCACAGUCAGCCUGGCCAUCCUAGUCAGCCCAGCCAGCCCAGACCCAAGUCAGGUAGCUUCGGAAGCCCAUCAGCCAGCCCAGCCAGCCCAACCAGCCAAAUCGCCAUCAUGUACUUGCUGGCUUCAGGUCAUGUCGUGUAUGCCAGCGGUGUAGUCCAUAUAACGCACGGAGGCUGGGGAACCUGUUGGCCGAGCUCCAUCAUCCUCGGGAGCGUUUUGCGGGCGCGCGCGCGGGGCGAGCGUGUUGGGAGCUCCAUCAUCCUUCUCGGGGCUUCGGCCAGAGUUGGGGUCUCGGGGGGUUUGAGACCCUCGUAGUCCCCUGUCUCGCCCGUCCCGAGGACGCCGACGUCGAUAGUUGAUUCCUCAGUGCAUGUAGCACUCCUAUCUAGUGGCUUUGGCAAGAUACCUUGUCCUCCGCGAGGCUGCACCUGCACUUCGACGGGCGGCGUUACGAGUGGCUGGACCUGGACGACGAGAGCGCUCAGGCGCUCGCCCAAGACGACAACCUGCUGGCCACGCUCAGGGAGAACAUCUGCUUCUAUUUCGGGGUCCCCCCUGGGCACCAGCAGCUGCGCGAUCAGCACGGUGGUCGUCUUCUCGCGACAGACCACGAUGUCCAGUGGAUGCGCGCGACGGCGAAGGUAGGCGGGCACAUGCCUUGCAUUCUGCUGCAGGACAUGCGCGACGGAGGGCCUCCCGAGGAGCACCCUCCUUCUGCUGAAGGCGGCGCGGUCUGCGCAGGGGAGGGCACGGGCGCGCAGACCCUCGAGCAGCUCUACCCAUGCCGCGAUGACACCGCCGGCCUGUCGGAGCCUGUGGCCGCAGCGGAGCCCCAGCCGUCCUCCUCGGGCAGCCCGGCCGCGCAGCCGCCGCCGCCGCGGCUCGGCCCCGGCAGCCUGGCCGCGGAGUCGCCGCUCGCCUGCGGCAGCCAGCGCUCGACGGCCGCCGCGAGCAUCCGGCCGCUCGCCUCGGGCUGCAAAGCGGCGGGGCCGCUGCCGCUCUGCGGCCAGAGCCCGGCGGCCGCUGGGGGCCCACAGAGCCGCCCUCCGCACGGCGCCCCGCCGCUGGCGCCGGCGCAAUCGGCGGCGAUCCGCUGCGGCAGGUGCACCGUGGAGAUGCGCUGGAGCUGCCACUCCGGCGCAGGCUACGAGCGUGGCUGGUGGUGCUCGAGGUGCCGCCGAAGCGGCGGUGGCGGAACCUUCAGGUGGUUCUGCCGCGGCUGCGAGGACGACGUUUGCGGCGCCUGCCACCCUGGCCCGCCGCCCGCACCGCCACUCUGGGGCGAGGCCGCGCUCCGCGAGCCCGUCGCUGGCGCCUCUUACGGCGAGCACGUGGCGGAUGCUCCGCACCCUCCCUCUAUGCGCGGCGGCGGCCUGCGCGGCGUUGUGUCUCCGAAGUCGCCCCUGGGUUGCUCAGCGCACGGCGCCCGCCCGCGCGCGAUGCUCGGCCUGCUUGGUGUCCCCGCCAGGCCGCCGGCCCACCUGGGAGCCUCAGGAGCUCCGCCCGCGCCGGCCGAGGGCCCUGUCGCCGGGCUACCUCUGCCCCGACAGGCGCCGCCGGUGGUGCCCUGGCCGCACGCUGCUGAGCCAGGGUGUAUCCGUGGUUGUCAGAGCCACACGGGUCAGCCAGAUGUGCCUGCUAUCUCUCCGGUGGCUGGCGAGCUGAAGCAGGCUGUCACUCUCGGGCCCCAGCUCAACGCAGACCCACCACGGAUCCAGCCAGCUGCGGUCCAGCCGCAGCUCGCUGGCAGCGCGCCAGGAGAAGAGCUUCCUCUGCCAUUGCCGGCGAGUUUGGCGCAGGCUGCGACGUCACCGGGGCGGUGGGCUGCGUCACCGUCGUUAAUGGUGCCUUGGCCGCAAGCUGAGCCAGCGGCAAUAUUGAGCGUGGAGGAGCGGAUCACCAAGUUGCGGGCGGAAGGCUGCCAGCAGGUCCAGACCGUGCGAGACGAGGUCCAGCUGGCGAUGCCUAAGGAGCGGAUCACCAAGUUGCUGGUGGAAGGGUGCCAACAGGUCCCCGCCACUGGGCCGCCUGUGCCCAAGCCGCCGUCGUCGGCAGCGCUGCCGCCGACGCGCGCCGCCGGGCCCCUUGCGCCGCCGCCAGGGGCGCCCUGGCGGCCGCCCGCCAGCGCAGAGGCCGCG